GAAAAGAACGAUUGGGUACAAAAACAGAUAUUUUUAUGGAUUCUAAUAACGUGGUACUUGCUACUUCUGGAAUCUGCUCCGGGAGAAAUUUUUGAAGUUUGCUCCAGCAGACUUUGUUGCGUUUUAUUCUUUUCCUUUGUUUUAGUGUACGCUCAUGGAACUCCAAAUUUCAUUUGGAGGACUCGCCGUCUGGGUUGCUUUGGCUGCAACCCUGGUACUGGCAUGGAGAAUACUGAAUUGGGUGUGGUUGAAGCCAAAGAAGCUGGAGAGGUGCUUGAGGCGACAGGGUUUCUCCGGAAACCCAUAUCGGCUUCUUAUCGGAGACCUUAAAGAGAUGUCCAACGUGAUAAACCAAGCAAAAUCCAAACCCAUUAACCUAACCGACGAUAUUCUCCCUCGGGUCUCCCCCUUCUUCUGCGACAUGAUGCAGAAAUAUGGAAAAAAUUCUUUUAUGUGGCUCGGAGUGGUGCCGAGGGUGAAUCUGACGAAUCCAGAACAUAUUAAAGAAGUAUUUACCAAGAUCAAUGACUUCAAGAAGCCAGGUCUGAACCCUCUGGCCAAAUAUCUGCUAACGGGACUUCUGUUUCACGAGGGUGAGAAGUGGGUCACUCAUAGAAGAAUCAUUAAUCAAGCCUUUCUACUAGAGAAGCUCAAGAAUAUGGUACCCGCAUUCUACAAAAGUUGCAGUGAUCUGAUAAGCAAAUGGGAUGGGUUAGUUUCUGUGGAAGGAUGGUGUGAGUUGGAUGUAUGGCCUUAUCUCACGGAUUUGACGAGGGAUGUGAUUUCUCGGGCAGCAUUUGGGAGUAGCUAUCAGGAAGGCAGAAGAAUUUUUCAGCUCCAAGAUGAACUUGCAGAACUUACAGUACAAGCUCUACUAUCCUUUUAUAUUCCAGGAUGGAGAUUUGUUCCAACCAAGCUUAACAAGAGACUGAAGCAAGUUGACAAAGAAAUACAAGUUUCACUAAGAGGAAUCAUCAGCAAAAGAGAAAGUGCAAUGAAGGCAGGGGAGGUUGCAAAGAAUGACUUGUUAGGUAUACUUUUGGAGGCCAAUUCUAAAGAAAUUCAAGAACAUGGAGAUAAAAAGAAUACUGGAAUGAGCAUUGACGAUGUGAUCAAGGAGUGCAAAAUAUUUUACUUUGCCGGCCAAGAGACAACAUCUGUGUUGCUUGUUUGGACAAUGGUUCUAUUGGCACAACAUACAAAUUGGCAAUCUCGUGCACGAGAAGAGGUUUUGCAAGUCUUCGGUAAAAAUAAACCCGACUUUGAUGGACUGAAUCAGCUUAAAGUUGUAACAAUGAUCUUGUACGAGGUUUUAAGGUUCUAUCCACCUGUUGUGGGACUUGCUCGAUUAGUUGACAAAGAGAUAAGACUUGGAGACUUGGUACUACCAGCUGGAGUGGAAGUCGCUAUGCCAACAAUCGAAAUUCAACGUGAUCCUACAUUUUGGGGUGAGGAUGCAGGAGAGUUCAAACCGGAGAGGUUUGCAGAGGGAGUUUCAAAGGCUACGAAGAACCAAGUUGCGUUCUCCCCUUUCUCAUUGGGUCCCAGGAUUUGUAUCGGCCAAAACUUUGCUCUAAUAGAAGCAAAAAUGGCUUUGUCAAUGAUAUUACAGCAUUUCACAUUCGAGCUUUCCCCAUCCUAUACUCAUGCGCCUUACUUGGUUAUUACCAUGCAUCCCCAACAUGGUGCCCACUUGAUAUUACGCAAGAUCUAGCGCCAAUUAUAAUCUGUUCCUUCCAUAUACCUCUGUUGAUUAAAGUCUCCCGUAGAAGCUGGUGUAGGCAAAGUGUAGCCACUUGCUUAAACAAAUAAUGUCGCUAUUUUUUCGUGGUUUAGUAAAUGCCCAUUGUAGGACUUGAAACAACAUCUCCAUGUGGAGAAACUAUUACUGUAUUACAUGUAGUGACAAAUAUUUUCCCCUGUAGUAAAGUUGUAUAAAUUAUUGGAAGAGUAUGGAAAAGAUGUCAGGAAAAAAAAAGUUGAAUCUUGAUGAUGUACACACUCUCAUAGUUUACAUUAAUCCAAAUAAGUUUCAAGUAGAAAGAAGAAUUAGAAAGUGGCUC